CUCUCUGUCCUGUUAAUAUUUAGUAUUACGGUAACUCUCUCUCCUGUAAAUAUUUAGUAUUACGGUAACUCUCUGUCCUGUUAAUAUUUAGUAUUACGGUAACUCUGUCUUGUGUUCGUCCAGCGGAGCUGAAGGUGGAGCUGUCCCGGCCCCUGAAGGUGAACCCUACACUGGUGAAACUGGAGCAGACCAAGGCUUACCUGAGGAAGGUCCUACCUGAACACUACUGGGAGGCUCCCAAACCCCCCUCCACCCCUCAUUCCUCCCCCGGCAGGACCUCGUCCUCCUCUCCCCCUCGUCCCGACCCCUCCUACCUCAGUUCCCUUAGAUCCCUGGCACCCUUUCACAAGGUGUCCCUCCGCACCGCCCAGAUCGUGGUUGUCAUGGAGACUGAGUCUCACCCUGCCCGGCCCAGCCUGACCUGGUCGGUGUCGGAUAUGAAGUGUACCAUGAACAUGAAGACUGGGCCCAAGCUAGACGACCCGGUCCAGUCAGUCUCAGUGCUGUUGGAGCUGCAGGAUGUCCUGGUGAGGACGGGCCUGAAGGAUCGGAGCCGUCUGCUGCUGGGGCCUUUCUCCUGUAGCGCCGCCCUAGAGGCCAGGUGGUGUAGGCACAGCAGCAGUCCUGGACCUGAGACUGGGAUCCCGAAACUACUGCUGGACCUGAAGGGAGGCCUACUGCAGGUGUUCUGGGGCCAGGAGCAUGUCAACUGUCUGAGGCUGGUGUAUGAACACCUCCAGGCCUCCCUCCAGAGGAACCAGGGGACUGGGGCUGGGACUGGGGCUGGGACUGGGACUGGGACUGGGGCUGGGGCUGGGACUGGGACUGGGGCUGGGGCUGGAGGAUAA